UUCAUUUCAUUCAGUUCAUUGAGUUUCUUGUAGACAAAUAGUCAUGAAGUUAAAAACUCACAUUAGCAAGGAAGUUAUUCAUAAAUCUCCAUUAUCCUGUGUUGGUUGGAGUAGCAAUGAAGAAAUAUAUUCAGUUAGUGACGACCAUCAAAUUUAUAAAUGGAAUUCUAUGAAUCGUGACACCGCUGAAGUGGCCAAACUACCCGAUGAUUUUAUACCCACCGAUAUGCAUUGGUUGUUAGGACGUGGUUCAGGUGGCGGUGGUGGUGGCAAAAGUAGUGAUACACUGUUAAUAUCAAGCAGUGAUGGGCGUUUUGUGAUAUUAAAUAAAAGUGCUCGUGUUGAAAGAAAUAUUUCAGCUCACUCAUUGGCUAUUAGUUCGGGUCGUUGGAGUCCUGAUGGAGCAGGACUUUUGACAGCUUCAGAAGAUGGAAUUAUUAAAAUUUGGUCAAGAUCUGGAAUGUUGAGAUCCACUGUGGUACAAAGUGAUGAGGCAAUACGAUUUGCUCGAUGGUCACCAAAUUCAUCGGCUAUUGUGUUUUGUCAAAGCGGAUUUAUAUCUAUUAAGCCAUUGGCAGCAAAUAGUAAGAUAACAAGGUGGCGAGCUCAUGACGGCCUUGUUCUCUGCCUAAGUUGGUCAACUCAAAACGACUUAAUUGCUUCGGGUGGUGAAGAUUUUCGAUUCAAAAUUUGGGACUCUCAAGGUGCAAAUAUUUUCACCAGCUCAUUGGAAGAAUAUGCAAUAACCUCAAUCGAAUACAAUCCCGAAAAGGAUGUUUUUGUUGUGGGUUCUUUCAAUAGCUUGAAGCUUUGUAGUAGCUCCGGAUGGUCACAUGGAAGUACAAGAUUCAAUUCUCCAUCAGUUGGAUCGGUUUAUGGAAUAUCUUGGUCCCCAGAUGGAGCUCAAAUAGCUUGUGGAACUUCAACUGGAGCUUUAAUAGUUGGUCAUAUUAUUGGAAAACAAUUGAUUUCAAGAAAUUUGAAGGCUACAACAACUGGACGUAAAUCAGUGUUGUUGCAGGAUAUUUCAAAUGCAACCUCGGAUGUUUUGGAAUUUCCUGAGAGAGUUAUAAAUUUUGCUUUGGGAUAUGGCCAUUUGAUUGUGGCAACUUCAAAUCAAAUUCAAAUUUUCAAUGAGAAAUAUAUUAAUACUCCAACAAUUAUUGAAGGCAGAAGUGAUGUUAGACAUCUUGAAGUUUGUAAGAAGUACUUUCUCGUUCUAGACUCUUCUUCAAUUUGGAUCUACAAUUAUACAGGGCGAUUGCAUUUGAACCCACGUUAUCAGGGUUCUCAAGCUCAAAUUCCUCUUCUUACCACAAAGUGCUUAUCAUUGGGUCUUGAUGUUUUAGCAAUUCGAGAUAACUCAGAUACUGCAGUUGUUUACACGUUCGAUUUAAUCCCUGGAGCAUCAAGACAGUACGAACCCCAUCCAAUUCGUGCGAAAACACAAAUUGCUGAAAUUUCUGCAUGCAAAGCUGGUAACGCUGAUGACCAAUUUAUUGUGUUUCUCGAUGGAAAUCGUGAACUUUAUAUUACUCCAAGUCGAAAUCUUUCCGAAAAGAGUGAAAUUUUUAAAAUUGGAACCCAAGUUAUAUCGGUUAUGUGGGCGAGUGAGACAAAUAUCUUAGUUGGACUGCAUGAUACUUGUUUCAGUAUUUGGUAUUGUCCCGGUGAAGGAGCAACUGAUCCAACUAUAAUAGCUUUGACGACAAUUACUAUCGAUACUGCCGAAUUAGGUAAAAACAUCUCGAUCGAAUCUUUUGAAGAUGCCAUAAUUUCAUUCCGAUCUUCGGGAGCUCUUCUUGCUAUCAAUGUCAAUAUAUAUUGUGAAAUUCUUCAUCGGACUUUAAUGGAUGGCCAAUGGCAGCAGGCUUUGAAAAUAUGUCGAUUAGCACAGAGUACAAUUUUAUGGGCAACCCUAGCAGCUAUUGCAACAAGAAAAAAUCAAUUGUCAAUAAGUGAAGAGGCGUAUUCGGCUGCUUUGCAGGUAGAUAAAGUAUCUUAUCUACAAUACAUUAAGGAUCUCCCACCAACAAGUGCUGAACAAAUGGCUGAAAACUCUCUCAUGCUAGGAAGACUGAUAGAAGCUGAAACAAUUCUUGUUCAUGGGAAAAAAUUUCAUGAAGCAAUAUCUUUGUGCAUUCGAAUGCAUAAUUGGCGUAGAGCUUUGGAAAUAGCUGAGAAGAAUGGUAUUGAUUUUGAGGUUGUGAUAGAACAGAGGAAAAAGUAUUUGGAGGCUUUGGGGAAACCAGAGUUUGAUGAAAUGUUUUUGAAAUUUGUGGAGAAGGAUGAGCAAGAAACUGAUUAAAAAACAAAUUUUGUUAAUCAUUUUUAUAUUAAACUAAUAAAUAUUUAUGUAUUUCAUAGGAAA